AUGGCCACAUCCAGCCUCGUUGCCGACGACGACGCCACCACGUGCGCCAUCUGCGGCGCCACAUUCCAGCGUGUGGGGCACCUCCGCCGACACAUGGCCAGCCUGCACCUCGGCGACCGGCCCUUCGCAUGUUCCUUGUGCGAUUCCCGUUUCGCCAGGAGAGACACGCUCCAGCGCCAUCUCAUUGUCCAUGGUGGUGUCGGCGCCGCCGGCGCUGAGGACAUCAAGCCCCGCUCGAAGCAGAAGCACCACCGCGCCGCGCGUGCCUGCCGCAGCUGCGCGAGUGCACGGCAGCGAUGCGAUGGAAACAUGCCUUGCGGCCGUUGCGGGUCCAAGGCGCAGCCCUGCUCCUAUCCACCACAGCGGCAGCCCAGGGCUGCAGCUGCUGCCCGGCGUCGAGCAACAAGCCCUGUGCUGCUCGUCGAACCGCCGUCCGCACCACUGCUGCAGGAGCAGCAGCCCUUAGUAGUAGACGAGCUACCGGCCGUUGUUGACCUCGAUUGCAUGGACCUGGGCUUCGACGACUUUUCGAGCUUAGAUAGCGCCAGUUUUCCCAGCUGCAUCUUCGAUCCCCUGGCCAUCCUCCAGGAGCUGGACGCCGAGUGGCCUGGAGCUGGGGUGCCGACGCGGCUGGAUGAUGCUGCUGCUGCUGAGAGCGAGGCGGCGGAGGAACCCGGGUCGCCUUCGUCGUCGUCUGACGAGCCGCCAGUCAUAAGCCUGACCGAGCCCGCAAACGACGGGCAGGCGCUCGGAUUCGGCCACAGUGGUGCAUCGUUGCGCCAGGAAGAAGGGUUGUUGUUGCCCUCCUCCCCCGACGACGACGACGACGUGUGGCAAGCCGAAGACUACGGCCACGUCCCCGCGAUACCGCCAGCCUGCUACUCGCAGAUCCGGCAGUGCUACGCGCAGGUCAACGGCGGCGACGGACACCUACUGUAUCCGACAACCUGUCUCGACGCGCUGCCCUCCCGCGCCGCGCUGAACGCCUUCGUGCAGCUCUACUUCGAAGACUUCCACCCGGUGUUUCCGCUCCUGCACCGGGCCUCGUUCGACCCCGGCACGGCGCCCUGGCUGCUCGUACUGGCUGUGGCCGUUACCGGGUGCCGCUUCUCGCGCAAUAAUGUGCCGGCGGCCCGCGUCAAUGCGAUGCAGGAACUGCUGCGGCGCGCGAUCCAGACGACGAUGGAGCGCGACCGCGCGGCUGUGGCGGGCGAAGUGUGGCUCGCGCAGGCGGCGCUGCUCAACCAGACGGGCAUGCUGCAUACGAUCGACAUGAGGUUGGUCGAGCACGCGCAGACCAACCACGCGCUCGUCGCCACGCUGUGCCGCAGGGUGGGCUGCUUCGCCGAGAGCCCGCAGGAGGACGACGAGGAGGAGGAGAGUUGGGCUGCGUGGGUGGCGCGUGCUGCUGUUCGACUUGCUGCCGGCUAUCCCUAUCGAUAUUUUGCGCGUGCGGGUGCCCUGCUUGGAGGACUUGUGGGAGGCGCCUUCCGAGGACGCCUGGCGCCCGAUCCGCAGCUCUGCAAGCAAGUCCCCCAUCUCGCGCUGCACACUUCGCUGUUCCUGCUGACACUUGGGACCGCAGACAGCCACUCGCCCCUCAGACAUCUGCGCGGCGAGCUGACCCUGCUCUACCGCACCAGGCAGCGGCGAGAGGGCCUGGGCGACUUCGCAGCGUUGAUGCUGGCGCUCGCCGUCUUCCGCGACCUGCAACCCCACCUCCACGUUCCUUCUGUCAGCGGGUUUCCCCAAUUGCCAAAAGCCGACAACCCCGCCGACCUGGCCGAGCAGUACUUCGAGCCACUACUAGCAACAGCGCAGCCCGCACGCACACGGCUGCAGCUGGCAACCCUCCACCACGUCCAUCUCCUAGGCGUCCUCCUACGCGUCUCGCUGCGCGACCUCUUCGCCUUUUCCGGCUGGCGCGCCGACAGCGGCGGGGAAGCCGUCCGCAGGGCCUGUGCGCGACUACGACGGCGAUAUAGCUCUUCUCCGCACGCUGCACAGGAGCUGCGUCGUGCGGUGCUGGCCGCCGCUCACUUAUUCGAGUCAUUGCGCGGUAGUAGUACCCGCGCCCACCACGAGCCCAUCGCCCUCCUCGUCGCCGUCCUGACUGUCUGGUUGUACAGCGUGCUGGACGACAACAUCCCGCCCGGUAGUGCUGGUGCUGCCGACGAAGACGAGGCCGAGGACGACUGCCGCCGCCGUCCGCUGCUGCUCGGCCGCGAGCAGAACGACAAGGGGGCUGAGGAUGCUUGGGUAGCGGCAGGCACCGCCGCGGAGUCGGGUAUCAGUGUCCGUCUUGGCGGUGUGGGGUGUAUCCGGGGCGGCGGCGGGACGGACCGGCGCCUCAUCCGCGAGGCGGUGCGGAUGCUGCUGGAGCGCCGGGCUUGGAACUUGAGUGAGGCGGUGGCGGGGGUGCUGACGCUUCAGGUUAACCUGUGCCGGGACGGUGGACUGCACCGGUAG